UGUUUUCACUGCUUCGAGCGUUGUCAAUAAAUCUGAAUUGAAGUUUAUGAGGAUCUGAUUUGGAAUAUUAUGCCAUUAUUUUUCUUAUAACCGACCAGUGAACUUGUUUUUUAUUCUAUAAAGAAAGGGCUUAAGAUAUUUGAAAUUUGAUGAACACCGAUUGUUAUUUAAAUCUACAACACCUGAUACAUAUUGAACAGCACAUAAAAAUUUCACUAACAUUUAAUGAUUAUUAAAGUGUUGGUUUAAACUGUCCAAUAAGUAAAAAUUUAUAGAUGGAGGAGAAACAGGAAUAACCGUGCAUGCAUUGAAGUAAUUAUAACAAAAGUGAGAGUGUUAAAUGAGUGAUCACCAUAUAAACCUGAGAGUAACGAAGACAUUGUAGCAGGUGGAAUUACCGGAGACAUUGAAGCACGUGAGGAUCAAGGUUCAGCAUGCCCAAGAAAGGGAACCCGACUGCCAGUGAUAGCAACUUCAAGGAGCCGAAGCCAGUGCCCCGGUUAAAACUGUUCAAGGAACAUAGACUUAACCUCUUUGAUAUCCUGAAGGAUGCAGAUAAGCCUGUUAGCAAUGGCCACAAAUGGUACAGAGACUACCGGUACAAGAAGGAUGAGAUCUUCAAGCGGAUGAAGAUCACCACAUUUAUUCAGUUGGUUGUGCAAGUUGCUGAAUAUGACAUGGUAGGGACUCCCUCAACUCAAGAUGGGUCAUACCGGCCAGACACCGCUGAUGAGGAAAUCCUGCGUAUCCAGCGUGGGGGCGGUGACCGAUCCCCUGCUCCCUCCCUCGCUCUUACAGAGGGGGACUACGGGGCCCCAGCUCAAGCCACUGACAGAUCUACAUUAGCGGGAGUCAUAAAAGGACAGGGCGAGCUAGAUCGGCCCGGGCCCCGUAACAAUGGGUCCCUGGAGAAACGGGUCCUGGAGGGCUGCCCCUACCUGCUCCUUGAUGUCCGGGAUAAGGACAGCUUUGAUCAGUGCCACAUCAUCACAGCAAAGAGUUAUCCAUCAGCUAUGUUGUCAAGAGCUUGCAACUAUGAAACUAAAGACAUGCUAGCCUUUCGAAACCAGGCAGGUAAGAUCAUCAUUGUUUAUGACGAGACAGAACAGUUAGCGCCAAACUGUGUUACCACACUGGUACAGAGGGGAUAUGAUAACAUCUUCCUGCUCUCUGGAGGUAUGAAGGUGGCGUACAAGAUGUUCCCGGAAGGUCUAUUUACUGGUCAACCCCCUGUGGCAGUGACAGAGACCCCACGUAACACAGCACGCACUCCGGACAUGGCGAACCGGGACAGAUUCUCCAUGGAAGAUCUAGAAAAGAUAGGAAUUUACCUGGACAACGCCCUCUGUGAUAAAAGUUCAGGAAGUCGGUUAUCAAAAGCCAGUACAGCAUCUAGUCGUAUGAGCAACUUCUCCUCAUCAUCCAAACUCAAGACUCCGCAUUCUGUGGCCCAGGGACGGGCAUCACACCAGACACCAUUCAAAUGACCACUCUAGGGCAUGACUCACUGACGCUGGUUAGGGGAGUGAACUUGCCUGGGCACCUGCAAAUACAACAAGAGUUUCCUUUCUUGGAUGUGCAACAUUAUCUGAAGCUUUGUGUGAAGUGUUGGGCAGUGUUUACAUUCUACUGGUGAUCCAUCUCAAUUCUGCACCUCAUCCUAUAUUCUAAAGAUUGUGUUGUCCUGCUUCACAUAUUCAUCUCAAGUAUUACUGAUAAAUCAUAAUGCACUAGUUAAAUGUACAUCAAACAAAGCACAUUCCGACAUAUAUUAUAUGUUAAGCAGUUAUUUUCCUUCAUAUCUUAAACUAUGUACUUUUCAAUAUUGUAAACUUGCAAACUGUCUGUUUGUGUGCUGGGUGCUGGUUGUCAGUAUUGUAUGUUCACAUUAUGGGUCUAGUUAGGAAGUCUAGUAUUAACUCAAUUAUCAGAUGUGUAGACACUAACUGUCAGUGGUUUGGCCAUGAUAUUAGUUGAAAAGUAGCUACAUGUAACUAACUAAUGUGAUGUGAAUAUAGAUGAUUUCAGACACGGUGAAGGCGAGUUUUAAUGUUUUAUUUUAAUAAGGCGACUUUAAAUAAAUUGCUAGAUUUUCAUCUCUUUUUUCUGCCACCCCUUAAAAAUUUUUGACUCUAAUAAAAAUGUUGAAUGAGGGACUGUAUUUAUGUAUCUGUCCGGUACUAUCUGGGAAUGGCGUUUAUUCAUACCUACAGCGUUGAUGUAUUGUGAUCGUGGUUCGUCUAGAACACAUGCAUAUAGUCCCUUAUGCUAUAAGAAAGAGCAUGAACACAUAUUCAAAGGUGAAACAGUCAUCGAUGAAAUAUUGGAAGUCUAAACCCCACCCCAAUUUACAAAAAGAAAUUGAUGAAACUCUAGCAAUUAAUGGCCUAAGAAACAUUUUUUAACCUAUUAAAUUAUUAAAAAACAAGAGGUAUGGCCCCUCCAUUACAUGUAUAUGUUAUUGUUGUGCUUAAAUGGAGGAUGGUGAUUAUUUAUUGUCUGUGUGAUAUGUUUUACUGAUAUGUGAUAUGUACAUUUAUGUUUAAUAAGAUUGCAUAAGUUAUUGAAGGGAGUGUACAUACUUUUGACAUUUUGUGAAACAGCUUUUUAUUCUUAAACAUUUUCAUAUACAUUCCAAUCGACUUAAUGGCACUUUUUGAUGUUGAUUGGAAAAUGGGUUUAAAUGUGCUUUUUGUAACAGGUAACUGUUAAAGCUGCUAGCUUGAAGCUGGUAUUAGGUAACAACGAGUACAUUCAGUAAGUGGUUUAUUUCUAUGAAGUAACUGGUUCUACAAUGCAACUUUACUGAUUUAUUUUAUUGCAUAAAAUCAAAUUUCCAUAUAUAGUGUUUUCUUAUGAAUCAAGUGUAGGAUAAAAUUGCUGGAUAUGAUUCUCAUCCCACACUGUGAAUGUGUCCAUCUAUUUAUACCACAAGUGCGUCGAUCUUUUAAGAUAUACAUUAUUGCAUGCUAUUCAAUCAAUCUCAUUAUGUUUCUUAUUUUUUCUGAUUGUCUCGUAUUCCUGCAAUGAUUCAUUUUAGCUCUAUAUUCUUCUGCGUUCAGUGGUAGAAUCCCAUCUGUGCUUGAUGCUGUAAUUACUUGCAAACCCACCACAUGUUACAUCCAGGAUUUCUAUUGGUCAAUGUAAUCCCUACAUUAUUGUAUUGUUAGCAGUGUUAAGUCCACAUUCCUACCAAGAACGAUCUCUUCUAAGCAAAUAAUACCCUCUAUGUAACAUCUUGUGUAGUUGCUUAAUGAUGCAAAAACUGUUAACUUCAUUGGAGUUUUUAGUGAACUCGUAUUAAAUAAUGUUUUGAAAAUUAGCAAAAAAUAAAAUCUUAUCCAAAUAUCCAUUCACUUUAUUGAAGUGGUCAAUUCAGUGCCUUAUUUUAUAACUUCCAAUUUCGAAGGGUUUAUACAGGAGAACAUUAUCUUGUACUACAAUUGUGUUUAUCAAUGAGGUAUCCUACAUCAAACCACUUACUUUAUUUCACUUGUUUUUGAAUGUUAGGCUGUAUGGUAUUAUUCUGCCAGUGUACAUGUAGGGCUGUGGCACUGCAUUGAGCGCUAAAGGGCUGUGGGGGUUUACAUGUACUCCUAUUCCGGUGCACAUGUAGGCUUCUACUAGUCCACAGGUAGGGCUCGGCAAGUACACAUGUAGGCCUCGACUGGUGUACACACAUGCAGGCCACUGCAUGUUCACAUGUAGGUCUUAGUAGGGCUCUGCGGGUGUACAAAUUGCUCUCUGCAGGUGUACAUGUAUGACUGCAUGUGUACAUGUUGCGCUCUGCAGGUGUACAUGUAUGACUGCAUGUGUACAUGUUGCGCUCUGCAGGUGUACAUGUAUGACUGCAUGUGUACAUGUAUGACUGCAUGUGUACAUGUUGCGCUCUGCAGGUGUACAUGUAUGACUGCAUGUGUACAUGUUGCGCUCUGCAGGUGUACAUGUAUGACUGCAUGUGUACAUGUAUGACUGCAUGUGUACAUGUUGCGCUCUGCAGGUGUACAUGUAGGGCUCUGCAGGUGUACAUAUUGCGCUGUGCAUGUGUACAUGUUGCGCUCUGCAUGCGUACUUGUUGCGCUCUGUAGGUGUACAUGUUGCGCUCUGCAGGUGUACAUGUUGCGCUCUGCAUGUGUACAUAUUGCGCUCUGUAGGUGUACAUGUUGCGCUCUGUAAGUGUACAUGUUGCGCUCUGCAGGUGUACAUGUUGCGCUCUGCAUGUGUACAUGUUGCGCUCUGUGGGUGUACAUGUUGCGCUUUGCAAGUGUACAUGUUGCGCUCUGCAGGUGUACAUGUUGCGCUCUGCAGGUAUACAUGUUGCGCUCUGCAGGUGUACAUGUAGUUUGACUGUUGAUUCCCCAUCUGUUACUAUGCUCAUGUUUCUGUGUUCAGAAGUGUGAAGUUUUUAUUCAAAUACAAAGAUAUGUUUUGUCGAUGGUUUUGUGAAUAAAGAAAAUG